AUGGACUCCCAUCUUAGAAUUUCGAAUCCGCACCUGGCGGAAUCUGGCUUCGAUGGCCCCGCCAUGCAACAGUCCAGCAGCAUCGCUACUCUCCCCACGGAGCUCCUCGUCGCCGUUCUUGACCAGUGCCCCGACAUUGUGCCCGACGGCCCCGACUUCCAAUCGGCGCACUUUCUCGCCUACGCCCGGCUUGCGCAGGUCUGCCGACGGUGGCGAGAUGUCCUCCUCGACCGCCCCCAGUACUGGUCACAUGUCGUCCUGUCCAAGCCGCGCUGGGCGGAGGAGAUGCUGCUCCGCUCGAAGACCGCCCCGCUGACCGUGGGCCUGAACUUUGGGGCGUCGUCGCCCGAGAGCGCAACGGCGCGGACGAUGCUCUUUGAGCGAUUCGACCGCGUCAAAGAAAUCCGGAUCAAACGCGCGCUGUACAGCGGCGACCCGCCCGUAUUUUCCCAGCCCGCGCCGAUGCUCGAGCGGCUGUACAUCCGCAUUUCGACCGGCUACAUCUAUCACUUCCGUGACAACGUGUUUGCGGGCGGCGAGGCGCCAAGGCUCCGCCACCUUUCCCUCGACAACUGUGUGCUCCCGAAAGAGUGCCGGGCCUUGUGGCGGGGCCUCACUUCCCUGGAGCUGACCAGAAUCGCCCAUAAAGCCAAUGCGCUGAUUCACGAGCUCCUCGGCUUCUUGCGCGACAAUGCGCCGCGUCUCCGCGUGCUGACGCUGAACAAGGUCGUGGAGAACAGGCACUCUGACUUGACAGCGCGUGAAAGCGCCAAGCGCAAUCCAAUUCGUCUCGAGGAGCUGGAGGAGCUGACGCUUCGCCCGGGCAACUGGGCAUGUACCACGUUUCUCCAGUGUGCGGUGCUCCCCAAAAUGCGGCGGCUCGUGCUGGAGAUUUGCCCAGGAGACCCCGACGAGCGCGGCAUCUGGGAGGUGCUGGAUGGCGUCGGCCCGGGUAGCCGGAUCUGUAGCUUGGAGCUGCGCGACACUGUUUUACCUGGCGAGGAUGACCAGAUCGCGUUCGAAAUGCGCCUCCACGCCACGGAGCUCGAAACCAGCGUCCCCGUGUUCACCAUCCGCUUCGUGCCAACCACAGUCCAGGACCGGCGCGAGCAUUGGCGCGAGAAACUCAUUAGCGCGAUGCUCACGCACUCGUUGCCGCCCGAGCACGGCCAGCUGACUGCCCUUACCAUCGCGUGCAACGACCUCGACUGGGCUGUCGCCGGCCUCCUCCGCCAGCACUCAAUCCGCAACAUAAUCUUCUACCGCUCUCCCUCGACGUUUUUGUCUGCAUUGGCAGCUCAUUCAAGUCUCCAGCCGAACUCAGAUCAGCCCCCGCUGUCUGGCCUCUUGCGACUUGCCUUCGUUGGCAUCGUGUUCGCACAUGCACGCGCCAGCAAGACACAUCAUACACCGGUUUUCCUCGACUGGCUGUCUCACCGACUCGACGAGCACAAGCUUGAGCAACUCAACUUCGACUAUUGCACGUCCGACAACGGCGCGCCGUAUCCGCCCGCCGACGCCCGCCCCGCGUUGGCAGAGCUCGUGGGCAGGUUAGUCGUGUUGGAGAAUUAG